CUUUAAGGAUGCUGGGAAAAUGAAUCGAUUGGAGAGAAACUGUAGAUGACAGGUGAGGUGAACACGUUCAAGCCUCCCGCUUGAAGCUUGAAGACGAAUAAGGAGUUUUUCUUAUCUUACAGGGAUUCCCCUUGCCUGACUGCACCUGCGCAUCGCCACCAUGCCAGUUCUCAAUCAAGAACCCUCCAAAGACCUGGAGCCCAGUGAUAGUCCGCCAAAACUGCCGCUCCCAGCGCUGAAGAACACGCUGGACACAUACCUGAGGUGCAUGAAACACCUGCUGACAGAGGAGCAGUUCAAAAGAACACAAGAGGCGGUGAAGCACUUUGGCGCCCCCGGUGGCGUGGGGGAGCUACUGCACGGCAAGCUGGUGGAGAGAAGAGAGAAGAAGGCCAACUGGGUGUAUGACUACUGGUUAAAUGACAUGUACCUCAACAACAGACUUGCACUGCCGGUCAACUCCAGCCCAGCGAUGGUCUUCCCGCCACAGAAUUUCAGAGCUCCUAUUGAUUCCCUAAAGUUUGCUGCAAACUUGAUCUCCGGAAUUCUAGAGUACAAAAGUCAACUUGAUGCACGUGCUUUACCUGUGGAGUACGCCCGAGGUCAGCUGGCUGGAACCUCUCUUUGCAUGGAGCAGUAUUAUCGCAUCUUUACCUCCUACCGGGUACCGGGCCACGAAAGGGACACGCUGGUGGCGCAGGACAGUACUGUGAUGCCGGAACCGGAACACAUCAUUGUGGCUUGUAAAAACCAGUUAUUUGUGCUGGAUGUGGUCAUCAAUUUCCGGCGCCUGAGCAGCCAAGACCUCCUGACUCAGCUGGAGAAGAUCGUAAAAAUGGCUGAAAAUCAUGAUGAGCGGCAGCCACCGAUCGGUCUUCUUACCUCUGAUGGCCGCGCCGAGUGGGCCGAGGCUCGCAGCGUCCUUGUGAGAGAGUCAACCAACAGGGACUCGUUGGACAUGAUCGAGCGCUGCCUUUGUUUGGUCUGUCUGGAUGACGCCAGCGGGACCGACCUGACCGACUCCACUCGGGCCAUGUUGAUGCUGCACGGGGGAGGAGUGGCCGGGAAUGGGGGCAACCGCUGGUACGACAAGAGUGUACAGUUUGUUGUAGGCGCUGGUGGCUGCUGCGGCGUCGUGUGUGAGCAUUCACCAUUUGAAGGGAUUAUUCUGGUGCAGUGCAUGGAGUACCUUCUCAAGUACAUGAUCGGCAGCCCAUCCAAGCUGGUGAGAGCUGCAAGUGUGAGCGAGCUACCAGCACCAAGACGACUCCGCUGGAAAUGCACCCAGGGGAUGCACAAACUCCUUGCAUCUUCUGAAGACAAACUCCAGAGGCUGGUGAAGAAUCUAGACAUGAACGUCCACAAAUUCCACCAUUAUGGGAAAGAAUUCAUCAAGAAGCUGAAAAUGAGUCCUGAUGCCUUCAUCCAGGUGGCUCUUCAGCUGGCCUACUACAGAUGCCACAACAGGCAAGUUUCCACCUAUGAGAGCGCUUCCAUACGACGCUUUAAGGACGGACGAGUGGACAACAUUCGCUCUGCUACUCCAGAGGCCCUACACUUUGUCAGAGCGAUGAGCAACGGACACAAAAGUGAUGCAGAGAAGAUGGAGCUGCUACGAGGCGCCAUAUCAGCACAGACAAAAUAUUCCACACAGGCUAUCACGGGGAUGGCCAUCGACAACCACCUACUGGGAUUACGCGAGAUUGCACAGGAAUUGAAGAUAGACAAGCCAGAGAUGUUCAAAGAUGAAGCAUACCGCAUCAGUAAUCAGUUCCUGCUCUCUACAAGUCAGGUUCCAACCACUGUUGAGAUGUUCUGCUGCUACGGACCCGUGGUUCCAAAUGGAUACGGGGUGUGCUACAACCCUCAGUCGGACCACUUUGUCUUCAGCGUCUCCAGCUUUCGGGAGAGUCCUCACACUUGCUCAUCAAAAUUUGUAAAAAAUUUGGAACAGGGACUUUUAGACAUGAGGGAUCUGUGCCAUAAAAGCAGCCCUAAUGCCCACGAGCCUAGACAGGGCCAGACCAUGGAGACCCCCACCCAAAAGAAACGUGCGGACCUUAGCAAGGGACAGGGAACACAGCCAAAGGUUCUAGAGAAGACAGAAAGCCAGACUAAAUCGAAAGCUGGUGGUAAACCUUAGGACUUGACUUGAAAGGUGUCUCUUAUGUGCCACAAUAAUGGUCCACAGUCGUCCCUCGUUUCUAGCGGUUAAUUGGUUCCAGGAUUCAACGUAAUUACAGCAUAGAAAAAAUAUUUAGGACUUUCUAAAUACGUUUUUUUUUAACAUUAUCAGAGCCCUCUAGACAUGAAAUAACACACCUAUAGGCACCUUUACACUCUUAAUAUUCAUUGUUUACAUCACAUUGCUAAACUUUUAUGCUUCAGGGACUCGAGAAGGCCGCUAGCUAGCAAGCUAUCAAGCAAGAGAGAUAGCAGGCAUCCUUGAAUUUAUUUCUUCUAAACUUAGAAAGCCAAAAACUUCAUGCAGUGUUAAGGUAAUGUAAUGUAAGCUAAUGUCUCAAUGUUUUGUGUCAUUACUGCCACCGAGUGACCAGGGGCCUCAUCUAUAAAAAUGUGCGUGGAAACCUGACUAAAAGUCUGUGUACGCCAGAAACCCAAAAUGCGCCUACGGACAAAAAUAUUCAGACCUAUAAUAAGUGGCGUACGCACACCUUUGCGCAAUUUACGCAACUCCGCCUCAAGUUACGCCCUUUCCACGCCUCCACUUCACCAUAGAAGGUCAAUGCAAAGUGACUCAUGCAUGAAUGUGGCUUCCACAUUUAAAAAGUCUUGAUUGCAUUGCAAUCACUGCUGGUGGGAAGACGAAGAGGAUGAAGAAGCUGCAUAACAAAUAAAACAAAGAUUGCGUGACAGCACGUCUGCUGUCAUCGCUGUGACUUGAGCUGGGCCAACCGAGGCAAAACUAACAACAAAAAAAGUGGUCCGAUAUCAAGGCACACGUUUCCAUUUUUAGUGAGCACGUUUCUACAUUUUUCCUAAUUGAUACCACAUUUUAGAUGAAUAUAAGCUUAGCAAAGUCUGUUUCAUCUAAAGGUAAAGACUCAAAAUAGGGAUGUUGAUGUUGAAAAUGAAUUGCUGUAAUUCCAGACGGAUAUUUUAAAUAAAUAUUUAACUUAAUGAUGACAUUUUGACCAUUAAAAUAUUAGGUAUAUUAUAAUUAGUUUAUGAGGAACUGUUGUGUGUUAUUUUACGCACACGGCCCUGACACUGUCCACACAUGGUAAAUAAACUGAUGACAUAUUUGUCUUAUUUUUUGGAGAACUGUCCAAAAAAAAGCGAGAAACGAAGAAGUGAGGACAUAUUAUCUCUGUAUCUUGUAAACUUAAACCCUACAGAAUUAUUUAAUUGACAACUUGAUGUUUGUUAUCAUUAAUAUUUAUAAUGCUUUUAAGUCCGUAACGGCGUGAUGUUUUCAUGCAAUCAUACUUAAAUCUUUAUCGGCUUCCAGUGCAUGUUUUUUUCUAACAUAUGAUUUCACUUCACCACUUAAAAUGUGCGCCGCCUCUUUGCCAUGUCUCCAAAAAGUGCCUACGCCAGCUACAAAGGUGACGUACCGGUGUGCACAUUCUCACGUCAGCUUGUAUUUUGAUAGAUCACGUACUUUGCGUGGAAAACGGCGUACGCAACUUUUCACCCCUGUUUUGUGCGCUUCAUAGUUGCUUCAUAGAUGAGGCCCCAGAAUACCACAUAUCACUUAUUUCAAUAUGUUUUAAUAUUAGACCAAAGUCUACCACAAAACAGCCAUCAUUUAUUAAUUACCGGUAAUUAAUCGCUGACAAAAAGUGAUAUAGCGAGGGAGCGAUAAUCAAAUGGCGAUAUUACGAGGGACGACUGUACAUAUAAACAAGAAUAUAACAUAGUUACAGAUAAAAGGUUAAAUGUAUAUAUGUCUAUCCUCAAAUAGUGGCCCCAGCCGUUCCCUAGGUGUUCGUUGGGUAAAAUAAGACACCUGUUUCUGACCUUUUCAAGUUCACUAAGGCAGCAUUUAAAGCAGGCAAGUUUCAGUAUGCUGCUUCUUGAUUUGGUUAGCGCUUCUAACACGAGUGCGUAGCGGGUCUUGGUUCUAAAACACGGCUUUAUUCUGUAGACCGGGAGUCCUCAACUAGAUUGGUGAAUGUUGCUCGGCAGACAUUGUGAGGGCCAGAUGAUACUGUUAAACAAAUAAUAAUAUUACAUUGUAAUUAAUCAUUUAAAUUCAUUAUAUAAAGCAUUUUCAGUACAGUAUUAUUUUAUAAGACAUACAUUUUCAGUAUUUAUUUUAUUGUGUGUAGCUAGAUGUAUUUAUUUUUGUAUCAUAAGGCCUGCUGUGGAAAUGCAAUUGAGACAAAAUAUAUACUGUACUGUAUGAAUCAUACACAGCAGAGGUGAUAACUGUACUUACGCGUGUACUGCAAUGCAUUUCAUUUAGUAUAUAAGAACAAGCGGACGUGCACUUGAAGUCUAUGUAACAUGUCCACAAUGAGGCAUGUUAACUUCCACACACACAUUUGGCAGUAAGGCCAACAUGAUUGCACUUAGAUUUGUGUCCCAGAUGAAGCCAACACAAUAAUAUAUUUGCACAUUUUAUUGAAUGACAAAUGGAGCAUUCAUAAAGAUGCUAUACGGAAUUACUGUACGCCGACUGUAUCAUCACAAAUAUAUUGUAUAUGUGCUUUGUGACUCCACAAGCUAUUACAUGCUUCUGGUUCAAUCUCAUCUCUGUAUUCGAGUGUGCUUUAAUGCAGCAUUUGUACGCAAAGAGACGGUUAAAUAGUUAUGAUGUUUAUUUACACAUGAGGGUUCAAACGAGACGAGCGAGCGUCAACGCCGCCCGUCGGGCCUCGCGGGCUUUGUUGUCUGCGUUUGUGCGUGCUCGAGCCUUAUGUUGCAAAAAGUAAACAAGUCUCUGCGCCAGCUGGCUGAUGUCUGCUAAUGAGGCGAGCUGUGACGAUAAAGAGGCAUUCCUUCACUAACGGCUCAGAUGGCAAAAAGCAAAGGCAGACACGCGUCUACUGAUGCCUGUCAGAAGCACUUUAAUUACCUUAAUAUCACACGUAGAACACUAUUGUUUAUAUACACAGGUACUCUGGUACGGUGUGAAAGGAUGAAAGUACAUCAGGGCCACAUGGAAAAGGGGAAAAAAGAUGUCAUGUGACAACAAUAAAGUCAUCAUGUCACAAACACAAGUGGUAAUGUCACAUGAAAAUCACCAUUCUGUGGCAAUGUAGUUAUCUACAUACUCAAAUGUUACGAGAAGAAAGUUGUGCUGUUACGAAAAACUUUGCAGUGUUGUUAUGUAACAACAGAAAGAAUAAAGUUAUAUGGCUACAAAAAACGUUGUUGUAAUGUUAUGAAAAAAUGUUACCAAAAUAAUGUGGAAUGUGACAAGAGUAAACUCAUGUGGGAAUGAGUACAAAGUUGUGGUGUUAUGAAAAAUAGUUGGAAUGUUUCCAAAAAAGGCUACGCUUACA